CAGUGCCGGUUGCCAUGUCCGCCCUGACGCCGCUGCUGCUGAGGGGCCUGACGGGCUCGGCCCAGCGGCUCCUGGUGCCGCGCGCCCACAUCCACUCGAAGGCUCCGCUGGAGCAGCUCGGGACCAUGGAAUGUGUCUUUGCGUUCACCACCUCCUUCCUGUGUUUCUUCGUGCCGUCUGGCUGGAUCAUGUCGCACAUGGAGAACUACAAGAAGCGGGAAUGAGGGGCCAGCCCUCGCCCCAGCCCGUCUGAUCAUGUUUCCUGCAUUCCUGGACCGUGUCCUUCCGUUGUGGCGAUCAUGUCUGCAAUUGUGACCUCCCCGUGAUCCCUAGGACCACAUGCAUCAGCUUGCAAGGCCCCACUCGGGGGUCCUCACCUCGUAACAAUAAAAGUGAUGGAAACCCUUAAAAAAAAAUAGGACAGUCAUGGAAUGUCCGAUGAAAUCAUGACCCUAAAUGCCCAAAUCAAGAAACCAAAUCCCAUGAAGCUGGUAAAAUGGUUCUCUGUCUCGAAGGCAGAAUGGAGACCACAGGGAGCUAGUGAGAAAUAACUGGAGUUGUGAAAUAAAAGGCAAAUACCACAUGGCAUCGGUCAGUUUGCUAGGGCCAGAAGUGCAUGUGAAAUCUGUAGGAAAAGUCAGCCAGUCUUGGAACCACUGAGCAAGGCCAGUGGUUAGAGGUCUCUAACCAGAGACAUGGAAUCGGUUAAGGGCUGUAAUUUUAUAGGUACUUUCCAUAGUGAAAGCAUGGAUUUUUCAACAACUUAAUUACGAGUGGUACUUAUUAUUCACUUCAUUGAUACAUGUGUCAAGAGACCAUGUUUAGAAUUUCCCCCUUCCUUUGUUCCCUAAAAUAUAACUCUCAACUGAAUAAAUCCUAUUAAAUAUCCAGGAAAGGAGAGGCAGGCACCCAUCAGAAGGGGUGCUGGUAGGUUAUGGAUUCAUCUUUGGAGAGAGAUUGUUCCCAGGUUCCUGCAGGGCCGAAAGUCUCAAGCUCGAGUGGACCCACGCUGUCAUCGGUGAGGCAAUCCUGUCCUUCCUUCUGUAAGGUGCUCCUUCUUACAUCCGUGGUACCCAGGACAGAGUCCAGUCAGUGCCCGAUGGAGUCUCUAGGCUCUGAUCCCCUCACCCCUUAACAGAAAAGGCCAUUUUCAAGGCCUCUUGGUUGGCAAGCAUGAUCAGGCAUUUACCUGAAGGCUGGACCAUGUGCUGAGUGCUGAGGACCUGGGGAAAAUACAGAAUCAAGUAGGCAUCUGUAGUCCAUGUGUGUGCAGGUCCCUGGGUUUUACCGCCCCAGCCUGAGUUCUCUGCUCUCUGGAGCAGUCAGUCAGGGGCCUCAGUUACGCUGUGUCGUAGAAGUGAGUGGACGCAAAGCUGGAUAAGUUAGAGCUCUGGACUUGGACCCUCAGGACUUAGGGUGGCCUUCUGAGCCCUGGUGGGGAGCUGUGGGGGCGCUUUGGGCAGGUUCUGUCAAUGAUUCUAUUGCUCUUUCUCAGAAUCUGCCCUGCCCCAUUGAUCCUUUCUUGUUGAUCUUUUUUAGUGCCUCUGGACUUUGUCCUUGUUGCGGCUGCAGUAAUUUGUAGUGGUAGGCCUUUGCAGGUUCCAGGCAGGUGCAGCCCUUUGGUUUCAGGAAGCAGAUGGCUGAGAAUGCCCAUGGUCAAUGCGCAGCCUGGGUCUGAGUAGCCCUCCCAGUGUACAGCCCCACCCUGAUCCUCUUACCCUCUGUAAGGAGCAACUUAAAUAUUUUUUACAUAUGUUGUCCAAUGCUUUCUUAUUUUAUAUUAAAGUGGCCCACGUUUUCGGACUGCUACUAAAGACUUAGUAAAGUAACACUGUUCUUUUCUCCGCACCCCAGAGGCAAAUACCUCUGGUCUCUUAGUUAUGUUGUAACUGCCUAUCCAUUUCUCUGCCACACAUUUCCUGGGAUACCUUAGAUACAUUUUUUAAAAUUGUUAUUAUUUUUUGUCUUAGAUACAUUUUUAAUGUAUUAUAGCCACCCACUUAGGGUCCAUAAUUUUAGCUCUACACUUCCUAUAGCCUUUCAGCUCCGGCCAUAACUUUAACU